GAUCGCGCCCAGGAAGGGCGGGCGCGCAGAGGGGAGCACUGGGCAUGCUCCGCGGCGGCGCAGGUUUUGGUCACAAGUAGGAAGGAGCCAGCGCAGGGCUCGGGGCAAAGGGAAGCGGGAGCCGCCGCGGCCCCGCCGCCUCGGAGCGGGAGCGGGCGAGGGGCGAGGCUGCCGGGCCCAGAGCCGCCCAGCCUGCCCGCACGUCCUCUGUCACCCCGCGAGGUGCGCCGGAUCUCGGGGCCGGUCACGGGCCGGUGAGGACCGCGUGUGGGGGAGCCGGACCGGACCGGACCCUCCCUCAGCCGGCUGCGGCCCGAGGGCGCCCCUCCGGGGCGGAGCCGCCCCUGCCUCCUGCCGGCGGCUGAGUGUCCGGCUCGCACUCGGCGCCGGCUCCCGAGAGGAGGAGGAGGAGGAGGAGAAGGGGGCGGCCAUGGGGCUGCUGUCCCAAGGCUCGCCCAUGAGCUGGGAGGAGACCAAGCGCCACGCCGACCACGUGCGGCGGCACGGGAUCCUCCAGUUUCUGCACAUCUACCACGCCGUCAAGGACCGGCACCGGGACGUGCUCAAGUGGGGCGAUGAGGUGGAAUACAUGUUGGUGUCUUUUGAUCAUGAAAAUAAAAGAGUCCAGUUGCUCCUGUCUGGAGAAGAAGUCGUUGAGGCUCUACAAGAAAAGGGGGAAAAGAAAAACCCAAACCACCCUACACUUUGGAGACCGGAGUACGGGAGUUACAUGAUUGAAGGGACGCCUGGACAGCCAUAUGGAGGAACCAUGUCCGAGUUCAACACAGUCGAAGACAACAUGAGACAGCGCCGGAGGGAGGCAACUUCUUUAUUAAAAGAAAAUCAGGCUAUUUGCACAAUAACUUCAUUUCCCAGAUUAGGCUGUCCUGGGUUCACGCUGCCUGAGGUCAAACCCAACCCAUUGGAAGGAGGAGCUUCCAGGUCCCUCUUCUUUCCUGAUGAAGCAAUAAACAAGCAUCCCCGAUUCAGUACCCUAACCAGAAAUAUCCGGCAGAGGAGAGGAGAAAAAGUGGUCAUCAAUACGCCAAUAUUUAAAGAUAAGAACACACCGUCUCCGUUUAUAGAAACAUUUCCUGAGGAUGACGAGGCGGCGAAGGCUUCGAAGCCGGAUCACAUCUACAUGGACGCCAUGGGAUUUGGGAUGGGCAAUUGCUGUCUUCAGGUAACGUUCCAAGCCUGCAGCAUAUCCGAGGCUAGAUACCUGUAUGAUCAGUUGGCAACUAUCUGCCCAAUUGUCAUGGCUUUGAGUGCUGCGUCUCCUUUUUACCGAGGCUAUGUGUCAGACGUUGAUUGUCGCUGGGGCGUGAUUUCUGCAUCUGUAGAUGAUAGAACUCGGGAGGAGAGAGGACUGGAGCCACUGAAGAACAAUAACUAUAGGAUUAGUAAAUCCCGAUAUGAUUCAAUAGACAGUUAUCUGUCCAAGUGUGGCGAGAAAUACAAUGACAUCGAAUUGACAAUAGAUAAAGAAAUCUACGACCAACUGUUGCGGGAAGGCAUUGACCACCUCCUGGCCCAGCAUGUUGCUCAUCUCUUUAUCAGAGACCCGCUGACUCUGUUUGAAGAGAAAAUACACCUGGAUGAUGCCAAUGAGUCUGACCAUUUUGAGAACAUUCAGUCCACAAAUUGGCAGACAAUGAGAUUUAAACCUCCUCCUCCAAACUCAGACAUUGGAUGGAGAGUGGAAUUCCGGCCCAUGGAGGUUCAGUUAACAGACUUCGAGAACUCUGCGUAUGUGGUGUUUGUGGUGCUGCUCACGAGAGUGAUCCUUUCAUACAAAUUAGAUUUUCUCAUUCCACUAUCAAAGGUUGAUGAAAACAUGAAAGUCGCACAGAAACGAGAUGCUGUCCUGCAGGGAAUGUUCUACUUCAGGAAAGAUAUUUGUAAAGCAGGUGGCAACGCUGUGGUGGACGGCUAUGGCAAGGCCCAACAGAGCACGGAGCUGGCCACAGAGGAGCAUGAGGAGUAUGCCCUGAUGAGCAUAGACACCAUCAUCAAUGGGAAGGAAGGCGUGUUUCCUGGGCUGAUCCCGAUUCUCAACUGCUACCUGGAAAACAUGGAAGUGGAUGUGGACACCAGAUGUAGUAUUCUGAACUACCUAAAGCUGAUUAAGAAGAGAGCAUCUGGAGAACUAAUGACAAUCGCCAAAUGGAUGAGGGAGUUUAUUGCAAACCAUCCUGACUACAAGCAAGACAGUGUAAUAACCGAUCAGAUAAACUAUAGCCUUAUUUUAAAGUGCAACCAAAUUGCAAAUGAAUUAUGUGAAUGCCCAGAGUUACUUGGACCAGCAUUUAAGAGAGUAAAAUACAGCGGCAGUAAAACAGACUCUUCCAACUAGACCCCUGCAGAGGGACACGCUUGCUGUUUCUUCCGAGAACUGGCCGCAGCUCCAGCCAGAGCGUGGCGUGAGCACCAGGUGACAGGGCUGUAGCGUGUCCUGGGCCAAUGGGCUGGAAAUGGAGAGGCUUCCUUCAGCAGGUAAAUCUUGAGUUUUUACAGUGAACAUGUACAUAGUAAAGUAUUUUUAUGAUUAACAAUGUAUUUUAAUAACAUAUCUAAAGUUGUGAACUGGCUUGUACAUUUUCUAAUUCUCACUCUGGAGUAACAACUGCCCGAGCAGUUUUGUAAAUGUACUGUUCUAGUAAUUGUACUAUAUCUGCAUUCCAGAGUUAAAAAUGUUUACUGUAAAUAUUUGUGUUUUCGUUUGUAAAAGACUUUACCUGAUCCCCAGAAAUUGAUCACUUCACUGUAAAACCA